ACUAGCUAUAUCGCAAUGCCUCGUAAUGCGUGAAGAAGAGAAGAAGAAGUCGAUGAAGAAAAUAUGAAGAGAAGGCGAUGGAGAAAGCCAUCUAAAGAUGUACCGGAGAAAGAAGAAGAGGAGAAAGGUGGGAGUGGUGGUGAAUUUAUGGGGGAAGCGGAAAAGGAUCAGGGAGAAACUGAAGAGCAAAACAGAGGUAAAAGGCGGCGUAAAACCCAGCGAGGAAGAGGAGGAGGAGGAGAAGGAGAUAGAGGAGGCGGCCCAAAACCGAACAGAAUGCUCAAGGAUGAUAAUGGUAUUUUAAUUGAGUCCAAUAUGUGUCAUCAGUGCCAGAGAAAUGACAGAGGAGAGGUUAUUCGCUGUACCAUGUGUAAGACGAAGCGAUAUUGUCUCCCCUGCAUACAUUCUUGGUAUCCUGGUGUUCUGAAAGAGGCUUUUGCAGAGUCAUGUCCAGUUUGUCGCAAGAAUUGCAACUGCAAAGCAUGCUUACGCAUGGAGAUGCCAAUAAAACACAAGGAGAAAUUAGAAUUGGAAUUCAGUGCUGUAGAAAAGAUGGAGUACUCAAAAUACAUCCUACAGCUGCUUCUCCCUUUCCUGAAACAGGUCAAUGAAGAACAGAUGAUGGAGAAGAGGAUAGAGGCAAAGCUUAAAGGUGUUCUCAUUUUGUUUGCAGAAGCUCUGAGAUUCUGUUCUCCAUACUUGCCAGUUUUAGAGAUCAAGGUAGAGCGAGCAAACUGCCAGAUGAAUGAGAGAAUUUAUUGCGACAACUGCAAAACUUCUAUUGUUGAUUUUCACAGAAGCUGCCCCAAUUGUGCUUUUGAGCUUUGUCUGCGUUGUUGUCAAGAGCUUAGGGAUGGCUGUCUGCAAGGGAGUGAUGAGGGAAAUACUGUGGAAUUUAUUGAUCCGGGGCCAGAUUACUUGCAUGGUGUCGAGACAUGUCCUGUGAUGGGUUCAACUAAGAGCGGAAUGUGUGCUAGACAGUCUCGAACUAAAAUUGAUACCGGGAUGAUUUGCAAUGCAGAAAUUGAGAAUGCUUCUGUGGAUGAUUUGGCCUUAGUUAGCCAAUGGAAAUCCAAUAAAGAUGGUAGCAUUCCCUGCCCUCCCUCUGAACUUGGUGGUUGUAGUCAGGGAUUUUUGGAACUGAAGUGCUUGAUUUCAGAGAAUGAGGUUCCUGAGUUGCUUGUGAGAGCAGAGAAAAUGAAAAAAGAAUUGAAACUUGAAGAUGUUCCUGCAAUUUCUAAGAAGUGGUGUUCUUGUUUACAAUUUGCAGAUGGACCCAAUGUUAGCUGUGGUAACUUGCGUAAAGCAGCUUCUCGUCAAGAUUCUCGGGACAACUUUUUGUACUGUCCAAAAGCUGUGGAACUCCAGCCUGAGGAUCAGAAGCAUUUCCAAUGGCAUUGGAUGAACGGUGAACCUGUAAUUGUCAGGAAUGUUCUUGAUACAACAUUGGGUUUGAGCUGGGAACCAAUGGUGAUGUGGCGUGCUUUUCGCCAGAUUAAAAAUGUUAACCAUCCAGUGCUGUUGGAUGUGAAUGCUAUAAGUUGCUUAGAUUGGUGUGAGGUUGAUAUUAGUGUACACCAGUUCUUUCGAGGUUACUCCAUGGCUACCUUUGACAGUUAUGGAUGGCCACGGAUUUUAAAGUCGAAAGAUUGGCCUCCAUCUAGUUUAUUUGAGGAGCAGUUACCUCGUCAUAAUGCUGAGUUUAUUAAUUGCUUGCCUUUUAAGGUUUAUACUCAUCCACAUGGUGGGUAUUUAAAUCUUGCUGGCAAACUUCCGAAAAAUUUUUUGAAGCCAGACAUGGGGCCAAAAACAUAUAUUGCGUAUGGAUUUGCUGAAGAACUUGGGCGUGGAGACUCUGUUACCAAGCUUCACAGUCAUAUGUCUGAUGUGGUGAAUUUGCUGACUCAUACUAAAGCAGUUGACCUACAACCUAAAGAGCUUUUGAAAAUUGAAAAAUUGAAACAGAAACAUGCUGCACAGGAGGAAAGAGAGCUAUGCAGAGAUGGAAAGACAUCUACCAUGCGAGAUGAGGCUGAGAAGGGAGGGAUGGAGAAUGGAGACAACACAGAUAAUGGAGAAGUUAAUCAUAAGACUAGGCCUAUUAAUACUAGUGCCAGUGGCAACGAUGUGAAGGAAGGUGAUAUAAGGAUGAGAGGAAGAAGCAAAGGAAAGAAUAAUAAAGCUGAAAAUGUUGAGAGAAAUAAUCUGAUUGAUGCUGCAAAUGUUGAUCAGGAAAAUCAAAAUUCUCCAAUCUCACUGGAAGUUCAGAGAAGUCGUGAUAUUGAGCUUGAAUUUGUGGAUGUGCAAAGUACAGUUGAAUCUGAUGAAACAAGUAGAGGGGGAAAAUUGGAUGAGUGGAAAAGGGAAGAAAUUGUUGAAGUGUUAAGAAACAAUGUAGCAGAUGUGGACAGUGGUGCUUUGUGGGACAUAUUCAGGAGGCAAGAUGUGCCUAAAUUAGAACAAUAUCUGAUGAAACACUUUAAGGAAUUCAGGCAUGUCUGUUGUCGUCCACUAGAACAGGUGGUUCACCCAAUACAUGAUCAAACUAUAUACUUAACCAUGGAACAUAAGAGGAAGCUCAAAGAGGAAUACGGUAUUGAACCAUGGACUUUCAUUCAAAAACUAGGUGAUGCUGUUUAUGUACCUGCUGGCUGUCCGCAUCAAGUCAGAAAUUUGAAGUCUUGCAUAAAGGUUGCCCUUGACUUUGUCUCACCUGAAAAUGUUGGUGAGGGUUUCCGUAUGACUGAAGAAUUCCGUGUACUUCCUCAGAACCAUAGAGCAAAGGAAGACAAGUUGGAGGUCAAGAAAAUGACAUACUACGCAAUGAGGGAAGCCGUCCUUGAUUUGGAGAAUAGUUAAUGGAAGCGGAUCUCUGCAUGAUUCUGCAUAUUUCGAGCGAACGACAGCUUUGUUAGCUUGUGGAGGCAUCGUUUUGAAUCUAUUGUAUAUUUGUGACGCUAAAGAUUGAUAUUACUGAUGCUAGUCAUAGAAAUCAUAUUUAGUAAUGAUGUUUUGUAACUAACCUUCUUUUGUCAAAUUCCAUCGGGUUUAAUAUAUUGCUGUAACAUUUUCAGAGCUGGUUUUUCUGGGUGCAAAUUGCACGGCUUAAAA